GGCUGCCCUCUGGCGAGAGAAAAAUGAGUGCCUUGGCGGGUGCUAUGUCUUGAAGUCGACGUGCAAACUUCCUUAAAACGCAGCCUUUCAGAAUACAUGUCACCAAAAUGGUUUCCGAUCAGGUCAUGGCAGGUUCAUGUAGUUCAAUCGUUGUGACUGCAGAGAUAUUUGCCAAGUUUAGUCACAUUUUGCAGGAGACAGGCAUGAAUGCCAAUGAACUUAUGCAGCAUCUGUUCACUCUGUAUUUCAGGGACAGAUCAAAUGAGUCCAAGGGCAGAGAUCUUGAUGAAAGUGCCAACAAGGUUUUAGAAAAUCAAGAGUAUGAGUGUUCUGCAUUUAGCUGUGAUUUAGAUGAAGUCAACUCUAAAGAGGACUUUCACAGCGGUCUUUCUGACACAGUUCCUAACAUACCUCAGCCUGUGGACCAGAUGGUCAUUGGCAAACAUAAAACAGUUGUUUUAGAGAACAUUACAGACAAAGUAACUGGCAUGCUACAACAGUCAACUGGCACCAAACAUAAGAAAGGAUGCCCAAGGAAAGGACAAAGCAUGUUAAAACCACUGCAGCAACCAACUGAUGCCAAAUGUAAGAGAGGAUGUCCCAGAAAAGACCCAAGUGACACUGCAGUAGAAAAAGAACCAGAUAAUGGGAAAAUGCCACAGAGAAAGGAUAAUUGGAGGGAGGGCAUGUAUUAUAAAGAAGAUGGGCUGUUUUGCUGCAAGCAUUGUGAUUACAAGAGGGCAAAGUGGCGGCAGAUGUCCCAGCAUUUAAAUAUUCAUGCAGAGAUCAAGCCAUUCCUAUGUGGUGAUUGUGGAGCUCAGUUCCAUAGAAAAUAUCAUCUGUUACGACAUCAAAAAUCUCAACAUGGCAUAGAACCUGUCAAUAGCCACAAAUGUCAACAUUGUGACAAAACUUUCUUUUUCCCAUCUCUGCUGAAAACACACAUGGAAACAGCACACAGAGACACACCAGCAGAAUACAGCUGUGAUAAGUGUGACUACAAGACCCAUGUAAAGUAUUACUUACACAAACAUCAGGCCAAGCAUAUGGGCAAGAUUUACAAAUGUGAACAUUGUCAGUAUUCCACUGCAUGGCGCAAAAAUUUAAAAGAACACAGUCGAAGGCACACGGGAGAGAGGCUGAAAUGUGAGCUGUGUCCGUAUGUCACUGUCUACAACAAAUUGUACCGGAAACAUGUACAGAGACACCAAGAUGCUUUGGAGAAGCUUGUUUGUGACAAAUGUGGAAAGGAGUUUGGUACAGCAAAGAAAUUGAGAGAGCAUGAAAAGCUUCACUUGGAAGUCAAAAAAUUUCAGUGCACUGAGUGUUACCACGAAACCAGCUCAAAGUCUGCAUUACGAUGUCAUAUGAAGAAGCACACUUCCCCUAGGAAGGUUAAAAAGAAGAAGAAGAAGAAGACACAUCCAGAAACAGUACAAGUGGAGGGGAAUUUGAAUGAUUCCCUUACUGCAUUUGAUCCCUCCAGAUGUACAUGGCAGGCCAUUGGGGUCAGUGAACAGGGAGAUGUGUUAUUUGAUCAGCUUUUGGCUUGAGGAAAAUUAAGGAACUUUAUUAAAUUGGUCGAGUUGUUCAGCUGCAGUAGAAUGUGCAUGAACAUUUUGGGGUUUUGAAAGAAGGAAUGGAGUUUCAAUAGCAUAAGUUAGUAAAAAAAUUGGAAAAUUGUUGCCUUAUCAGCUCGCUACAAACUGAUCAUCAGCCUCUUUGACAGCUGUAGUAAAAUGUAGUAAAAAUAAUGUUACAGUUUGUUUGUGUUACAUAAGUUAUAGUGCACUUGUUGAAAUCAUUGAACUUCCUGUAUUGCAUGCACGUUUCCUGUUCUGAAGCGAAUGACUGAUUUGCUCUUUUAAUUCAAUGAUUAACAGUAAUAAGAUACAGUCAAAGAAGAACUACAGACAGUUAUGUGUCAUUUAAAUGAUUUUUAAGAUCCAAAGAAAUCAAGUUUUCAUACAAUUUGUAACAGUUACUUUGAAAUAAAAGUAUAUUUCAACACUU